AUGGUGUCUUUACUCUCAUUAAAAGUGCCUAAUACUAUUGUAAACUCAGACACAGGUCUGAAUUCAGUAACUGCUAUUGAUACAAGUUCGUCAUCUAACCAGAUAGGAUUAAUUAUUGGGUUACCUGUAGGGUUCGUUUGUUUUUGUAUUAUUUUAAUUCUUAUUUACUUCUAUAUGAGGAAAUAUAACUAUUCAAUUGCUAAAGAUACUUCACCUAAAUCAAGAUCUAAAAAUUGGUUAACUGAAAAGAUUUAUACUCAAGAUUAUCGAUCAGAUUAUUUGAAAAAAAAUAGUGACGACAUAAUUAACAAACAGAAUCUUCCUUUUGGACAAAAUGUUUCGUCGCAUAUUGAAUAUAAAAUAUUGAACCCUUUGCAUAAACAUAUCCUAACACCAAAGAAUGCUGUCCAAUCAAAUAUUUACAAAAAUUCUAAUGUGGGCUGUGAACUUCAGCAAUAUAGUGAUGAAGCAGAAAAAUUAUUAUAUACAUCACCACCUAACAUAUAUCAUAUAUCAUCGACUUUUCCUUCCAUAGGCAAAGAUGAAGAGGCCAACAUCGAUUUUUACAAUAAUGACAGUCCAAGGUCAAAUAAUUGGAAAUAUGACUCUCCUCUUUCAAAAUGGUUCAUGAGAAGUUCUCUAUAUCUUAGGGAUUUUGGAACCAACGUAAAAUGUUCUGAUAUGAAACUAAAGAAAUUAAAAUUAUUAUCACAUAUCGAAAAAAAGCAUGUUGACAUAGGAAAUGUAGACGAAAGAUCGCCAAUUUUAGCUUCAGCUGUUGAAAAAUACAACUCAGGAGCAAUGUUUGAGUUAAAUUAUUCAGAUGAAGACGAAGGCGAGACUAAGGGGGACACUAAUAUUAAUCAACAAAUUCUUUAUCCAGAUAAUUCUGGUACAUUAAUAUUUAAAAUUGAUCCAGUUCCUUCCAGUAAAAAAUGUAAGAAUAAGCAUAAAGGAAAUAAAAAAAAGAAUAAUAAGAAAAAAUAUAAGAGUCAUUUAAAGUAUUUAAGAUAUUUAUCUCAACUAAAGCCAUUACCUCUCACACCCACUUCAAGAUUCAUAGUGGGUAAAGUGUUUGGUGUUAAAAUAAAAUAUGAAGCAAAAUUAACUGAUGAAAUUAAUAUUGAUUGUGGUGAACAUGUGAGAGUCUUGGCUGUCCACUCUGAUGGAUGGUGUUUAGUUGAAAAAUGUCAAUUAAAUGGUUCAUCUUUAUGCAACACAAUUGAUGAACCGAGAAAUAUUGAUUCGAAAUUAUAUUUGAAUGACGAAAGAGGGAUUAUACCCGGUUAUUGUUUAGAUGGUUAA